AUGGUUGCCGGACUCGACACGUCUGCCGACCGUCAGGAUGCAAUGCAACGGUUCAAGUCACCCUUGUUGGGGGUUGGUGUGGACCCACUGCUGCAUGCCGUCGCGCUCCGUUCACUGCUGGAUCGUGUUCUGUCUACGCCAGGUGAGGUGUCAUGGGCUGACAUGUUGGCUGACCCAUUUGGGGAUAGUCUGGCGGAGCCCCUGCGUGGAAUGGUACGCGUAUCCAGUGUCGGCCAAUUCACGGAUGUACUCCAGCUAGCGGACAUGGCUCGAGAUUUAUUCAUUCUUGAUGUGCCUGUGCCGUCCCGUGUGCUAAAGAGCCCUAACAUGUUUGUUGGGCUCGGUACAAAGCUUGCUGUGACACAACAAGAACUGGAAUGCAUUGACGACUGUGUAACUAAUCGAUGCUAUCCGAAACUCGAUGUGGAAACCAAUGCGCCGACAUCACGUGAGACAAGCAAUCACCACUCUCAAGAGACAAGCCUUGAACGAAAGCGAAACAAUCGCGCUGAAGAUGGCUGUGCUCGGACAUCAUAA